AUGUCGGACUACGAAUCGGACGAGGAGUUUGUACUGCCGCCGGGCUUUGAAGUCGCGACGGGCGGCGCCAUCACCAAGGCCGCGCUCGACGGCGACCGUGAGCUCUGGCUCUUCCGCGCAAAGACCAUGAAGCUGCCCAAGGAGAAGAACGGGUCGCUGCACGUGCCCGUGCCGGUCGCCGGCUCGACCAAGUCGUAUGCGUUGAAGAGCCAGGACUUGAGCCUGUGCCAGCAGUUGGUCAACAUCGUGCCGGACGCGGUCAACAGCAAGACGUUCGUGCCCGGCAAGCCGUUCGCGCGCAGCUUCUCGCUGGUCGAAACGAUCGAGAUCCCGACCAAGUCGGCCGUCGUCGUCGCAUCCGCCGAGCCCGCCAAGAAGAAGGCGAAGAAGAAGGCGACCGCUGAACCCGUCGUCGUCGACGCCGAGCCUGUCAAGAAGAAGAAGAAGUCCAAGAAGGUCGCUGCGUAG